AGGCAGAGAUCCUUGUGGCUGUCCUAGAAAACCAUGCUGUGCUGGGGAAAUGCCUCCUUUGGGCAGCUCGGCUUGGGGGGGAUUGACGAGGAGAUAGUGGUUGAGCCGCGGAAAUGUGAAUUCUUUCACGGGAAGCAAGUGACAGACGUGGGCUGUGGCCGCCGGCACACGGCGUUCCUGCUGGAGGAUGGGACCGUGUACACCUGUGGCUGCAAUGACCUGGGACAGCUGGGCCACGAGAAGUCCAGAAAGAAACCAGAACAGGUGGUGGCAUUGGACGCACAGAUUAUCAUGGCGGUGUCGUGUGGGGAGUCCCACACGCUCGCCCUGAACGACAAAGGGCAGGUUUUCUCUUGGGGUCUUGGCUCAGACGGUCAGCUGGGCUUGAAUAACUUUGAAGAAUGUAUUCGUGUGCCCAGAAACAUCAAGAGUUUGUCAGAAGUACAAAUCACUCAGGUAGCUUGUGGGUCUUGGCACUCUCUUGCACUAUCAAAAGGAGGCCAACUCUUCUCUUGGGGCCAGAAUCGAUAUGGCCAACUCGGGCUGGGACUAAUUGGAAAGAGCAUCUCCACGCCCCAGAUCAUCCAGUCUCUUCAGGGCAUUCCUUUUGUCCAGAUAUCAGCCGGUGGUACUCACAGCUUCUCUCUCACGCUCUCAGGAGCGGUGUUUGGGUGGGGGUGCAACAAGUUUGGCCAGCUGGGUCUCAAUGACUGCAAUGACCGGUGUUUCCCAACGCUCCUGAAGUCACUGAGGUCACAGAAAGUCAUUUACGUCUCCUGUGGAGAAGAUCACACAGCAGCACUCACAAAGUUAAGGGGCGUGUUCACUUUCGGAGCCGGAGGAUAUGGACAAUUAGGGCAUAACUGCACAAACCAUGAAAUCAACCCCAGGAAAGUGUUUGAGCUCAUGGGAAACGUGGUCACGCAGAUCGCAUGUGGAAGGCAACACACGUUGGCUUUCACGCCCUCCUGUGGGAAGAUGGAUUCCUUUGGGCUGGGAGGCAACGGUCAGCUUGGUACGCGCUCCACAUGCAACAGAAAAAGCCCUGCGCCCGUCAAAGGGCCCUGGGUAGCCACCGGCGCUUCAGCAGAGGGGGACAUGAAACAAAGCUGUUAUGUGAAAAGAAUCUAUGCUGGAGGAGAUCAGAGCUUUGCUCACUAUUGCACUUCGGCUAACCUUCAGAGCAGAGAUGACGGCAAGAUGCAAGACGUCAAUAGGAAGAUUUGCUCCCUGAAUGAGGUCACCGUACAAAAAUGGCUGAGCCCCUCACCAGGAAGACUCCCACCAGAAAUCUCCAAUGAGAUUGACCUGGUGUUCUCCUCAGCGAGCUGCCUGAAUGGAUCAUUCCUCUCAACAAGUCAUCCAGAUCACUACAGCACCAGCGGUAAAUGCUCAGGGGUGGAUAUGAACAGCGCUCGCGUACUGUUCCACAGAGUCAUUCAGCCGGACCGGCCGGAGAUCGCUCAGCAGGUCGCUGCCAGUUUGGAGAAGAACCUGAUUCCACGGCUGAGCAGCUCUCCUCCAGACAUCGAAGCACUCAGACUCUACCUCACUCUUCCAGAAUGUCCGCUGUUCAGCGACCGGAGCAAUUACGUGACCAUCACUAUCCCAUUUGCCAAAUGCGUCCUCAGCCUGAAAGAGGCGCCGCUAAAGGUGUUAGGAAACUGGUGGUCCACUUUUGAGCCCCCGGCCUUCCAGAGGCUGGUCAAUUUAUACAAGGAGGUGGUGGUGUACCUGCUCCAGAUGCAGAAGGUGGGCAUCCCCGCCGUGGAGCAGCGGAUUUUCAGCUGCUUCUUGGACACGUCCCUUCGAUUCCUGGAGAUCCUGCACAAGGUGAACGAGAGAGCAGGGCACAUCAUUCAGUAUGACAAGUUCUACAUUCAGGAGCUGGACGACCUGAUUGACAUCAGAAAUGACUACGUGACAUGGAUUCAGAGGCAGAUGUACCCACUGGGUCAUGAUGGCGUGGUCACUCUGUGCAAGUAUCCCUUUGUAUUCGAUGCCCAAGCCAAGACGGCGCUGCUUCAAACCGAUGCCGUCAUACAGAUGCAGAUGGCUGUGGAUCAGGCGCAGAUGCAGAACUUCAGCUCCAUGUUCAUGCCGGCCGUGGAAUCGGUCAACCCGUGCCUCAUCCUCAUCGUUCGGAGGGAAAAUAUUGUCGGGGACACCAUGGAAGUCCUGAGGAAGUCCAAGAAUGUUGACUACAAAAAACCGCUGAAGGUGAUUUUCGUGGGAGAGGAUGCAGUUGAUGCAGGAGGGGUGCGAAAGGAGUUCUUCCUCCUCAUUAUGAAAGAGCUUCUGGAUCCCAAGUACGGGAUGUUCCGCUACUACGAGGAAUCCAGGCUCAUAUGGUUUUCGAACAAGACCUUUGAGGACAUCGAUUUGUUCAACCUCAUCGGGGUCAUCUGCGGUCUGGCCAUCUACAAUCUCACCAUAGUGGAGCUCAACUUCCCUUUGGCUCUUUAUAAAAAGCUUCUGAAAAAGAAGCCAACGCUGGACGACCUGAAAGAGCUCAUGCCAGACGUAGGAAGGAGCCUGCAGCAGUUACUUGACUACGCAGAGGAUGAUGUCGAGGAAACCUUUUGCUUGAAUUUCACUAUCACGGAGGAAAAUUAUGGUGCCACAGAGGUCUUGGAACUUGUUCCAAAUGGCGAGGAGAUCAACGUCAACAAUGCAAACAGGCAGGACUUUGUCAACGCCUACGUGGACUACGUUUUCAACUCGUCGGUGGCCCCGCUGUUCGAGUGCUUCCAUGCGGGCUUCCACAAAGUCUGCGGUGGGAAGGUUUUGGAGCUGUUUCAGCCGAGCGAACUGCAGGCCAUGGUCAUAGGAAACGCCAACUACGACUGGACGGAGCUUCAAAAGGGCACCGAAUACAAAGGAGAGUACUGGGCCGAGCAUCCCACCAUCAAGCUCUUCUGGGAGGUGUUCCACAAUCUUCCUUUAGAGAAGAAAAAACAAUUUCUCUUGUUCCUCACAGGAAGCGACCGCAUACCCAUAUUAGGCAUGAAAAGCCUGAAACUGGUGAUCCAGCCAACCGGUGGAGGGGAGCAGUACUUGCCUGUAGCUCACACCUGCUUCAACCUGCUGGACCUUCCCAAGUACACAAGCAUUGAAACACUCAGAGAGAAGCUUUUAGAAGCAAUAGAUCACAAUCAAGGCUUUAAUCUGGUUUGA